CUUCAAAUUGUAUCCAUGUUAAAGCUCAUUUAUUUGUCAUUGACAUUUAUUGUGUUGCAAGAAGUACACUGUGUAUUCAAUGCUACUUCAAACUCAAAUGUUAUUUACUACUGGGGUCAAAAUUCUGCAGGAUUCGCAUCAAGUGAUCCAAACCAUCUUUUAUGGCAGAAGCGGCUAGCAUCUUAUUGUGACGAUGACGAUAAGGACAUUAUUGUCGUCUCUUUCUUACACCAAUUUGGGCAAGGAAGAUCUACAUCAUUUGAUUUAGCUAAUAGUAGUCAAGACUGUAAGGGCAUUAUCCCUGGAACCCAGUUAUUGCAUUGUCCAGACAUGGAAGCAGGUAGAGUGAAGAAGAAAACGAUAAAAUCAGGUCUGACGAUAUCCAAAAGAUAUCAAGUAUUGUCAAGAGAGAAACAAGAAAAUCAUCUUGUCUAUGGGGGAGCGACACCAGCGUAUGGGCUGGGAUCAGCCAAGGAAGGAGAAGACUUGGCAAAUGAAUUAUGGGAGACAUUUGGAGGCGGCGCAAAAUCUGAUACUGCACGCCCCUUUGGCACAGCCAUUGUUGAUGGGUUUGAUCUUGAUAUUGAGAAUGGUGAGAAAAUGGGAUACACCUCAUUUGUAAACAAAAUGCGUCAAAACUAUGAACUCGAUAACUCAAAAGCUUAUUACAUUGCUGCUGCUCCUCAAUGUCCUUUUCCAGACUACUAUGUAGGAGAUGUAUUAGACAAUACUUGGGUAGAUUUUGUAAUUGACAAUGGCUUCAAUUAUGAUGUCUGGGAGAGCUGGGCAAAGACGAAAUCAAUGAACAAGAAUGUACGUUUAUUUGUUGGUAUACCAGGUAGCCCCACAGCAGCUAACAGAGGCUAUAUACCAUACACACAACUAGUCAAUAAGAUUAACCCUUUGAAAUCCUCGCCCUUCUUUGGUGGUGUUAUGGUAUGGGAUAUCUCUCAGGCAUAUGCUAAUACAGCUGAUGUAUUACCCAAUUAUGCUUCAGGUGUAUCUCGAUUGAUCAAAGAAACUGACGAUACUGCGCCUGUGGAACUUGCACCGAUCACAAUCAACACAGGAACAACUACUGCUUUGGAGUCUAGUUCAUUAUCAGGAUCUCAACCUGAUCUAGUCUAUUCUACUUCUCAAUCUAUCUGGACUACUACACUGAAAAGAAAUGUGACAACAACAUCGACUAUCUUGGUUGUAUCUACACUUAUCGAUCAACCUUAUGAAAGUAUUGUUACAAGUGACCAAGUGAUAACAUAUACCCAGUCAUUACCAUCGUCUCUUGAUAGUAUUACUUGGACAAGCAACAGUGUUACACCAAGUGCAUUACCUAUCGCGAAUCAGGCUUGUGAUAGAGAAGGUAGUCUUGUAUGUCAUGACCAGUUUUCAUUUGCUCAAUGUAAUUCUGGUUAUUGGGUUGUCCGAGACUGUAUGAGGGGUACUGUCUGCAGGGAAGAUCAUAACAUAAAUCCACCUUCUAUUUACUGUGGAUAUCCGUAAACAAUAAAGCAACUUGGAAUCACUCAACUAUAAUCAUAAAAAUAGGAAGAAAGAGGAGGUGGGGGAGAGAAGAUCAAGCAUGUAGGAGAAGCAUAUGAG